AAACAUCUGGCAUUAAUUUCAUGAAAUGAGCAAAUACACGGCACAAAAUAUUAGAACAUUAUAUUUUCUUUAACGCUUGCUACAUAAAGCAGCGCUUGCUAAUUAGGGAGUACAAGUAGGAGUAAAAAUGUUACCGUCAACGGGCCUUUUUAAGGGCAUCGUCUGCCCAUACUACGAUAGUACUGGCAGCGGUAAGAACGAAAGCAACGGAGCAGCGUCCUUCACAUGCAAACGUCCUUUCUGCCAUUUCAAGCAUUUGCGUAAGGAAGAUGUGGACGCGGCUGCGGCCGUUGAAGCGGUGCCAGAGUACAAGCCAGCACCGGUGCCAAAGCUGCUUUCACUGCCGCUGCCGGAGAUGACAAUGUGUGCGCCCAAAAAGAAGCCAAGUCUAGAGUAUCAUCCAGAGAAGCCGGCAUUAAAUGCCUCUCCGUCCAAAAAAUUAUUUGGCGUUGGCGAAACUACGGCUAACGCGCCUAAAUAUGUGCCCUCUCCAAUGUCCACCGUCAAUGGCGCAUGUGGAGAGUGGACAGAGAGCAGCAACGAAAGGGAAGAGGAAUUGGAAGACGAAAUACGCAUAGAAAUUGAAGAUUCCUCUGAGGUAAACGCUGAUAUUCAAAUGGAAGAGAACGUAUUAAGCACAGCUGAUCAAAAAAGUGAAGUCGAAAAGAAAUCGAAGUCCGAAUCCCGCAGUGACAGUCGCAAACAUGAACACAAGUCCAGCAAGACGCGUCAUAAAGAUAAGGAAGACGACAAGGAACGUAAGAGCUCAUCACACAGCAGCAGUAAGGAACGGUCGGAUCAUCGUAGUUCCAGCAGCAAGCAUAAGACUUCCUCCUCAUCAUCAUCAUCUUCGUCACACAAAAAAUCAUCGAGCAGUGAUAAGCAUCGGACUGAAAAGGAUACUAGUAAGAAACACAAGAGCAGUACAUCAACAUCAGUGUCAACACCAUCAUCGUCAUCGUCGUCGUCAAAGAGCCGCCAGCAUAGCAGUUCAAGUUCCAAGUCAACACCAAACAGCUCAAACGGCUCCAGAUCAAAGAGUUCGUCUUCCAGUUUAAGUUCAAGUAGCAUCAGAAGCAAAGCCAAAGCUGAACCAGAAAAUGCUACAACCAGCCAAAGUUUAGUUGAGCCGAAGGAUGACAUCGAAUUAGACUAUGAUAUUGAUGUGGCCACCUCCGAUGCGGAAAUUGUCCGUCAAUGUGAAAUGAUCUUUGAUGAACUGGAGCAGGAAUUUGCACAAAUGCAUAAGCCUGAUAACGAUAGGGAUAAGGAUAAGGAUAAGGAUAGGGAGAGCACAGAAGGCAUGAGAAAACGAAAGGCGCCCUCGCCCGACAUUGAUGCGUACACCGAGGCGGCGACAGCUGCGUUGCAGAAGCGUCGUGUGGCCCAUGAAAAUGCGGACAAGUGUAAGCCGCAGGCUCCAAAGGCGGUGCACAAGCCCAACCACAUACGGAACGCAAUGCAAGCGAUAUUCGACAGGCGUGCCGAGCUGCGCCGCCAGGAGAAGAUGCGGGCUGAUGCUGACGCGGAGCAAUUGCGGCAGGCGCAGGAGCGUGUGCGUGUGGCACAGGAGGAGUUGCGUGAAGCUAGGGCCAAAACACUCACACCUCUCAUAUCACGAAGCGCCCUAACGCCGCCAGUGCGAUCAGCUCGUACUAUUACGCCUGUGGCCAAUGUGAUAGCCAUUGCACGCGCCAAAAAGAAGAUCGAGGAGUUGCAAGCCGAAAAGAAGCCUGCCUUCACAGCAGCCCAAUCCUUCAAAGGUGGCAGUCGUGUAGCUCACAAGCCCACGGCUGCGCUGGAUAAGGUGGCACCCUCAACAGCUGCCGCCGCCGAAAAACCACCUGUGCUAGAGCCGCAAAGCUCCAAAAUAUCCUACAAUAUACGCAUGCAGUAUUACGAGAUGAUGGUUAAGCAGUGUAUAGUUAUUUAUCCACAGCUGACUGAUGCUUGGGAGCGGGCACAGGUCGAGGAGCUCGCCGCCUUUAAGAAGUGCAGUACGCCGGCGAUCUACAAGAACAGCUGCAUGUUGGCCAUCAACAAGCUGCGCAAGGAAGCUAUUGAGGCUGGCAAUCAGCCAAGCGUAGCGAAUAAAACAAUCUCACACGAAAUGAUGCUGGGUGGCAAGCGUGCUUUAACCACGUCCUGGAGUGUGGAGAAAAAGGACAAACUUAACUCUACGGCAACUGGCGAGCCCUUCGACUCGCUGUGCGGUGAAAAGGCCUAUGAAAUGGUAUACGAUCUGCGUCUGACUGACGAGCAGCUUGUGGAGAAUGGUUAUCCACGGCCGGGACUAGGACGAGGUACAGCUGUAAUACGCGCCUGUCGUCCAAAUCGUAGACCCAAUGAGACUGAACGCUACUGCACACGCUGUGGCAAGGUCUUCAAUUUGAAUAUAUAUGAAACCCAGUGCACCGACAUGUGCAACUACCAUCCAAAGAGUACGGGCUAUCGUCGAGGAUUCACAGACAAUCAGCAUCGUUGCUGCCAACAGCCCGCUGGCACACCUGGCUGCAGCUAUGCCAACUAUCAUGUCAGUGAUUAUUACGAUCCCAACAAACUCACCUGCUUUAUAAAGACGAUCGAGAGAUCGGACGACUAUGUGCCCACCAAGAAGGAUAUUUAUGCACUCGACUGUGAAAUGUGCUACACUACGCACGGCAUCGAGUUGACACGUGUGACCGUUGUUGACAUCAAUGGACGCAGUGUCUACGAUGCUCUUGUGAAGCCAGACAAUCUAAUUGUUGACUAUAAUACCGUCUAUUCGGGCAUAACGGAGGCUAUGCUGUCGAAGGAGACGCGCACUCUACGUGACGUACAAGCCGUGCUUAUGUCGAUGUUUCAUGCCAAGACUGUGCUCGUGGGCCACAGCCUGGAAAGCGAUUUGAAGGCACUGAAGCUGAUUCAUGAUGUGGUGGUGGACACUUCUGUGCUCUUUCCACAUAAAAUGGGACCUCCUAAAAAACGCGCAUUAAAAACUCUUUGCAUUGAACAUCUAAAGCGCAUUAUUCAAGAGAACGAGGCCGGCCACGACAGUGCUGAGGAUGCUGAAGUCUGUAUACAACUCAUCAAAUAUUUCCUUCGCAACAAGAUAAGUUGAACUGAGUAUUGGCACACAGUAACUCGAUGCUCUGCGGUUCGGGCGACAAUUUAUAUCAUCAUUAAGACGCAAUACAUACAAAUAUAAUAUGUAGGUAGCGUUUUUGCCCCAAUCCCAGUCAUCCAUCCAAUUGGAAUCAAAACGUAUCCCAUAAGUGAGCCUUAAGACCGUAACAUACUUAUUUAUGUAAUAAACAUUAAGCUACAAUUAAAAA